AUGAUUAUAAAUAAAUUUUUUUCUGCAUUUUCACAAUUCAUUAGCAAAGCCUCCAAUGCAAUCAAGUAGCCUUAAAUUAAACAAAAUUUAAUUCAAUCUGAACCUAUGAGAUUAAGUAAAUACUUGGCUUAAACAAGUGUAUGCUCAAGAAGAGAAGCAGAAAAAAUGAUAGAAUCUGGAAUGAUAUUAGUUGAUGGAAAAAAAGUCGAUAGUAACAUACCAGUUACUUCUGAAAAUAAAAUCUAAGUAUUCACAAAAAAUGGAGAGAGAAUGCCAACUAAGCAAUCAACUGUAAUCAGCAUUUAUUAUUAAAGAAAGUUUGGAUUUUUUACAAACCUAUUGGUAUGAUAUGCUCUCAUAAUGACCCAUUCAAGAGACCUUCAUUCUAUGAUUUUGCAAAACUUAGAUUAAAAACAGAUUAGCAUAUUAUUUCUGUGGGAAGAUUAGAUUUUAAUUCUGAAGGAUUAAUUGUAGUUACAAACGAUGGAGAACUGGCUAGAUGCAUGGAGUUACCUGAAACAAAGUUANAUAUAAGGAGAGAUAUGUUGGUGAAAAAGGGGGGGGAUGUGAGAUGA